AUGGCUGGCAUUGUCCGUAAGAAGCCUGCUCAACAGUUGAUGACCAUCAAGCAGGGCCCUCAGGAGUCAUUAAGAAGUUAUCUGCUCCGCUUCAAUCAAGAGAGGUUGGCCGCCGAAAGCCAAAACGAGCAAUUUAUUCACUGUGCCAUCUACCAAGGUAUAAGGAAGGAUGGCGCUCUUAUGGCGGAUUUGGCGAGGAAACCGGUUGCAAGAUUGCAGGACUUUUAUGAUCGAGCGGAGGAAUUCGUGAACCAGGAAGAAACCCUCCGGGCAUUCCGAGAGACGGAGGAAGCCACGAAAGGUAGUUUCGGGGACAGAGGAAGAUCGAAACAGGGAGUUGUUCCAUCAAGGAAAGAGUUCACUCAGCGUAAGCCCGUCAAGAGGGUCGAAAAUUACAGCUGGACGCCUGUUAAUGCUCCAGCUAAAGAAAUCCUCAUGGAGAUUAGAAAAGACCCGAAUUACAAGGAUCCGUCCCCGAUAAAGGGCCGACCGCAUCCGCGCAAUCGCCACAAAUAUUGUCACUACCACGACUCUUUCGGCCACUGGACCAACACAUGCAUUGCCCUGAAAGAAAUGAUCGAGAAGUACAUAGCUGAUGGUAAAUUGACACGUUUUUUGGGAAAACGUGAGGAGUUGACGGCGAGACUCCCGCCGGACAGACUAACCGGAGGUCAAAGUUCGAGUGGACGGGAUACACAUUCGGGGCGUCCCCCGUACCGCCACGAAAGGAGGCCGGCUCGACAACCUGACAGAGACUUCCAGGCGGAGAGGGCGCGUCAGCGAGAGCGGAGCAGAAGCCGCAGCCGGCAGGAUGGGCCGGGUGAUUUUCCAGAAAUUCAAACUAUAGCUAGAGGUUUCGGAGGAGGGGGCGAAACUUAUUCGGCCCGAAAAUCGUAUGCCCGAGAGAUGAGGGAGGUGUCCAUCUAUUCGGUCGCAAGACCGCUGAAAGCUGCCAAGCGCGAGAAGCUGACCAUCGCUUUCUCGGACGAAGACUACAAAGGGGUUUAUCUGCCCCAUUUUGAUGCCUUGGUGGUGACCAUGGUGAUAGCGAAUCAUAAGAUACACCGGGUCUUGGUGGACAAUGGCAGCUCCGCCGAUAUACUAUACAAGUCAGCUUUUGAUCUGAUGAAGAUUAGCAGGGAUAAAGUUUCUGCCUUUCACUUCCCUUUGGUAGGAUUUGCUGGGGAGCAGGUGAUGCCCUUGGGAUCGAUUGAACUGCAAGUUACCGUUGGGAGCCCCCUACCCAGAAGACGAUUCCAGUCAAGUUCCUUAUAG